ACAUGGCGCUGUUCAGUAAACCUAUAGUUGUACAUAAUACUUGUUAUGAAAUUGGACAUGGCUGGACACCGUAUUGUGUUCAGGCAUCUUUGGAUGUUUCAAAAAUCGUGUUUCAAGAGGCCUUUAAACUCUACGGCUCUCUUUACUUGUUGGCUGCCAUACUUCGGAAGAGGGGCAAGUCUUACUUUGUAAAGAGACUACUUCCUGAGACCUUGCAGUCCAGCAUCUUCCUAUCUGUCAAUGGAACCUUGUUCUUGACGUUCUUCUGUUUGUGGAGGAAAUUAGCUGGCUGUUACAAUUUCUACAAUGCAUUUAUUUGUGGAAUACCUGCGUGCACAAUGUCGUUACUGAUAGAAAGAAAAGACAGGAAAAUCUUGGGCGGUUUUUAUUGCAUCAACUCUGCUUUUCUGUCGGCGUAUUGUGGCGCCUUUAUAGCUAUUCUAAUGGAACGGAAAUCCAGGCGGGGACUGCUGGCUGUUUACCUUACAAACUUGGCACUGGAGACGGGCUACAGAAUGGCCAAAUACAGAGGCCUGGUGAAGCCAGUCCCACAUGGAGAGGUGCUGCUGUUCAGUAUCGCCUCAGCUGUGUACUUCUACUUCUUCAGAAGGGAGUCAGGCCUGCCUCAGUCCACGAUCUCCAGCCUCCAGUACAUCGUAGGGUCAUCUGAGAGCCCCCAAUCAGCCACAUCACCAGGCCACAGUUCCAACAACAAUGAGGAACCUCAGAGGCCAAGGACUGGGGUGGCUGUGCUGGACAAGAUGGUGGCUCGUCUGGAGGCUGGUCCUCGACACAGGUUGUGUCAGCAUAGGAAUGGAUGUGUCCUGUAUGUCCUCAAGGGCUGUUACAGACUGUUCGGAAUGGGCUACGCGAUACAGGCUGGUGUGAAACUGCUGUCAGCUCUAACAAGACUCCACAAACAGCCCCGACUACUGUUUGAUGCUCUGUUCAAUAAAGACAACUUCAGACUCGGUGCCUUCCUGGGAUCUUUCUCAGCGUUAUUCAGGCUGGUGAACUGUGUGUUGCGGUGGGUACGUAACCGUGACAGCAGCUUCCAUGGUCUGCUGUCCGGGUUUGUCGCAGGCUGGUCCAUGCUGUGGUACAAGAGUACAACUAUCGCCCUCUACACUGCCACCAAGAUGGCUGAGAUGCUGUACGUCAAGGGGAUCCAUGCUGGUUAUCUCCCUUACAUCAAGUGUGCUGAUAUUCUCAUAUACUCCGUGUCAACAGCUGUUGCCUUCCAUGCUGCUGUGCUGGAGCCUCACACACUGCGGCCGGCAUACUGGAAGUUCCUGGUACGGGUCACCCAUGGAAAAUUCUGCCAUAUCAACCGGAGACUGCUGGACGUGUUUGGGACCAAUUCCUCCUUGAUGUACCCAGACUACUGGCCUACCUACGACCCAAGGUUCACAAGCAUCAAACCUCCCACCAGUUGAUGACAUGACCCUUCAUAGUGCCAUUGUAUUCUCAUAGUUGAUAUAUCAGGACACCAGAUGAUACCUGGUUACAUUUAGACACCAGUAUUUGACCUGUCGAUUCACUAUCGAUGCAUCAUGGACAGCAACAUUUACCUUGGGUCAUCACAUGGACAGCAACAUUUACCUGGGGUCAUCACAUGGACAGCACCAUUUACCAUGGGUCAUCACAUGGACAGCACCAUUUACCUUGGGUCAUCACAUGGACAGCAACAUUUACCUUGGGUCAUCACAUGGACAGCAACAUUUACCUUGGGUCAUCACAUGGACAGCAACAUUUACCUUGGGUCAUCACAUGGACAGCAACAUUUACCUUGGGUCGUCACAUGGACAGCAACAUUUACCUUGGGUUGUCACAUGGACAGGACCAUUUGCAUUGGGUCGUCACAUCGACAGCAACAUUUACCUUGGGUCGUCACAUGGACAGGACCAUUUACAUUGGGUCGUCACAUGGACAGCAACAUUUACAUUGGGUCGUCACAUGGACAACAACGUUUACUUAUGGGAAUUAAUUUGGGCACUGACAUAUAUUACACAUAUUGACUUGGGAUACCAACAAUCAGUGUGUUUGUAACAGUGAAGCCAGUGCCUUCUACAGGUGUCAAUGCAUUAAGAAGCCAGUGUUUUCUACAAGUGUCCAUGCAGGUCAAUGUUUUCAACAGGUGUCAGCACAUCAAAGGACAAUGUUGAUGCCAAAUCAAGAUGCCAAUGAUUACUAUUGACUAAUGUGUCACCAGCUGAACAGUAAAUACUCGUGGCUUUUAUGUUUCAUGGCAAAUUCUCGCAAUUCCUUUCCUUUAAUCUGUCUCUACUUUUCUAUCUACUUACCUAUACUUCUCCUUGGUUCUUUUGGGGGGUGCGGUGGGUUAGCCUAGUGGUUAAGCAUUCGCUCGUCGCGCCAAAGAUCCGGGUGCAAUUCCCCACAUGGGUACAAUGUGUGAAGCCCAUUUCUGAUUUUGCUGGAAUAUUGCUAAAAGUGGCGUAAAACCAAAACUCAGUCACUCACUCUUGGUUUUUUUAAUAUUAAUUAGUGCUGUUCUUAAUUAGUGUCCGUGAUUAUGAUAACUGAUGACACAGUAAUUAUCAUCUCCUAUGCAUUGUGCUGAGGCAGACAGCUCUGACUGCGACACUCCAUCUGUAAAAUACUAGUGCCUUUUGAAAUACAGUAAAGACAGCUAGCCCCUUAAUAACCCUAACAUACUCAGAUGGAAUAAUAGUAGGGAACUCAUAUCGCUGAAGAGUGUCUAUUCCUGUUAUUCAGACUUCAUAUCUAUUUAGUGAAAUGUAUUUAGUUAGCUGUGUUGUAUAGCAGUCAGGUAUGACAGUCGGGUACAACAAUCAGGUAAAACAGUUGUGUAUGACAGUCGAGUAUAACAAUCAGGUAAAACAGUCAGUUAUAAUGGUCAGGUACAACAGUCGGGUAUAACAGUCAGGUAUAACAGUCGGGUAUGACAGUCAAUUCAGGUACAACAGUCUGUUAUAACAGUCAAUUACAACAGUCAGGUACAACAGUCAGGUAUAACAAUCAGGUACAACAGUCAUGUAUAACAAUUAGGUACAUGAGUCAGUUAUAAUGGUCAGGUAUAACAGUCGGGCAUGACAGUCAAGUACAACACUCAAGUACAACAGUCAGGUAUAACAGUCGGGUAUGACAGUCAAGUACAACACUCAAGUACAAUAGUCAGGUAUAACAGUCGGGUAUAACAGUCAUGACAGUCAAAAGUACAAGUAGAUUACAACAGUCGGGUAUAACAGUCAAUUACAACAGUCAGGUACAACAGUCGGGUAUAACAGUCAGGUAUAACAGUCAGGGGCCAUCUUAAGGGUACCUUCAGGUGUCAUCUUGUUUUUCCUAAUUAGACUGAUGCUGAGGACAUAGCUUGUUUUGUAACAUUAAGCAUACAUUCCAGGGUACAUAGUAUUAGCAUAAUUAUUCACAAUAAAUAUUGGACAUAAUGUGGUGAGAGCACUGAUCUUAUGGUGAAAUGCUAGGUGUGACCAGGUUGGUUAUAUGCUGCUAUUAGACAUGUGGAGUUGUAUCUCUUUGGUAUACCAGGAUAUAGCUAGCGCUUGGACAGGUGGAAAUUGUGGACCCUGCCCUUUCAGCUUUGUUUUGAAUAAUAUCCCUUACCAUAAGUGGCAGUCAUGGCAAAAAAAUAUCACAAACUGAUUAUUGACUACAUUGGUUAUUAUGGCAUUCAUUCUUGAAUGUACUAAAAUUGUUCAAAUCAUGUUCGCUUUAAGUCCAGUGUUUGGCCAAGUCAUUGUCAGCAUGGUGGUGAAACUGUGGUAGGUUUUGAUUGGUUGAGAGAGACACACCCUUGCCUAAAUGCACAAUUAACACAAAGCCUCUUAUACAAUUAGUGAUUUUGUCAUGCUCAUGUUUAUGUUGAAGAAAGAAUAUAAGCUUAAGUUUUUUGUUUGAUAUUUUGGUUCUGUGAAUUUACGUAAUGUAUCAGACUAUCACUUACCCCUGACGAGCAUUGGUGCUGACCAACUCGGACACAUACAUGGGGUGGACUGGGACUUGAAUCCAUGGUAACAGGUUCCUGUAGGGCUUGGAUGGUUACCUGAGUACACAGAUGAGGUAAAUAAUUCUAUCUACCUGGGUCAUGAAUAAACUACCUGAAACUAUUUCAUCACCAGAAAUAUCACGGCGGGGGACACCAGAAAUGGGCUUCACACAUUGUACCCAUGUGGGGAAUCAAACCCGGCCUCAUAGUUAGGAGUGGUGGGGUGGGUAGCCUUGUAGUUAAAGCAAUCGUUCGUCACUCCAAAGACCCGGGUUUGAUUCCUCACAUGGGUACAAUGUGUGAAGUCCAUUUCUGGUGUGCCCCGCCAUGAUAUUGCUGAAAUAUCGCUAAAAGUUCGUUCACUCACUAAGUUCACUCACUCACUCACACUCACUCACUCACUCACUCACUCACUCACUCACUCACUCACUCACUCACUCACUCACUCACUCACUCACUCAGCACACCAGAACCAUGUAUGAAUAGUUCAUGAACAAGUGAUAUAAAGAUGGCUCUGACCCCAAUUGUCACCAUUUUGAAAAAUAUUCUUGCAGUAUUUGUCAUAUUAAUAAGCAGUGGAAAGUGUAUUUCAGCUGUAGUGUCAUCUCUCAGUUGCUAAAUAAUACCCUGUAAAUUCAUUAGGCAUUGACCCCACUCUCUCACUCGCUCUCUUUCACACUCGUUUAAUACAUUUUUGUUUAGGUUAUAUGUUACAUUUCUUUUUCUCAGUUAAGCUUGUUUUGUUAUAUUUAAAAGUUGCAGUAGUUCUGUUCAGUGAAUGAUACAAUGUUGUACAUGAUGCUGGUUGUUUUCAUGUUUCAUGAAGUCAAAAUAUUGUCAUGAUAGUAACAUAUUAAUUUAUGUAUACCUUUGUAAAGCUAUUUUCUUACCAACCUGUCACCUCUGUCUGACAUGGUGUAUUCAGACUGCUUGUGUCAGCCCUGCCCAGAUCUGUGGAGUCACGUGGGAUCUGUACAGUCACUGAUUGCUGAGCUUUGCCUUAAAAUAUGUCUGUAUGACCAUUAUAUUGUAUAUUCAGAAAGAUAUAAUAUUUAUACCAUUUUUCAGACUUCAGUGUAGCAUCCAGAUGUGAAGAUACUAUGAAAUAGUUGUCUUGUUUUGUGAUAUCGUACACCAGUCAUAUGUAGUUGUGUUGAAUAUAGUGUCUCUAGAUUAUAUAGUCAUGUGACUUGGAGAUUAACAAUUAUUUAUGUUUUUAUGUAUAUCAGAUGUACACACACCAGGUAACAUGAAGUAAUUUUGAACAACAGCAUUUCUUAUUUUUUUGUAAAGGUGUUUGUGGAGGUUGAGCGUAAUGAGUUUAACGUAGCAUUCAGAAUUAUUGCACUUAUAUAGUGAUGUACAUGCACGUGUGUGUGUGUGGCUUCUCCUACUUAAGGUUAGCAGUAUCUUGGCUCCAGGAUGACAGGUCCUUAUUUCACCCCCUUAAUGCCAUACAGGGUAACAACAUGUACGAUCUUUUAAUGUUGGGAAAAUGGGAGGGUUAACCUCAUGCCUUUAUGUCACAUCAAAUCUCCUUUCACAGAACCUUAUAUUUUUUUUAUUUUUUCUAUAUUUGGGUAUUUUUGUAGUCAUCAUCGUUUAGUUUCUAUUAUUAUUGUUUGUUUGUAGUAAGUAAUAAGUUGCCUAUAAAUGUGUACAGUGAGCAUAUAUCUAUGCACCUAGGGUAUGAUGACAUGUGUCACAAUCCCCACUGCUGAUGAUCAAUACUGAAACAAUGGGAGUGAGAAUCAGGAGCCAAAAUGAACUAAUUCAUAGUUAAUCUGACGUUAAUUUGCUAAUAAGUCAAAGGCAAAAUCCAAAAUUGUAUAGAUUAAUUUCACACAUUAUUGUGUAUUUAUUCCGAAAUCAGCAAAAUAAAAAACUAGGAGAUGUGACCUGCGAAUUACAGCACAGAAAACUCAAGGUCAGGAAGGUCCCAGCAUGCUCCAAACACACAUUCUUGCCAAAACCGACAUUGACUACUUGACAUUGAUUUGUGAUGGAGAAACACAACAGUUAAAGAGUUAAAACUGCUCUGUGGAACAUGUUUUAAUAGUGUCGAGAAUUAAAUUUCAAAUUAUUGUGAAGAUUUCCUCUCAGCUUCUGUUGAAGUUGGUUGGAGUCUGUUUAGCAUUGUGAUAUCACUUGAUUUUACCGUGGCCCCACUUGUUUUGACCAUGAUGUUAAUUGAAUGUAACAUUAAUUUAAUGUCACAUUGUUUUAUCAUAAUAUUACAUGGUGUGUGUCAUCAUGAUGUUGUAUGGUUUGAUCAUGGCAUCACACAGUUUUAUCAUGAUGUCACAUUGUGUGAUUGUGGCUUGACAAUGUGACCAUAUUGUCACAUGGUUUGAUCAGUCAUCACUGUUUGAUCAUAAUAUCACAUGGUUUGAAUGAUAUCUCACAUACUGUGAUCGUGCAUUGUUUGAUCAGGAAGCCAAAAGGACAUUGAACAAUUGUUACGCCUCUCCGCCUAAAGCUCUCUGGGCUUGCAUUACUACCUUCUGGUUGUCACAGUAACCCUCGUGUCCAUACCUUGUAUUUAUGUUAUCAACUUCAAUGAUAAAUAUUUCUCUUUUGUACAUGAUUCAGGUAAACAUGAGAUUAUGCUCAAUUCUAUCCUGCAUGAAUGACUAUGUGUAUAGUGUCUAAUACAUAAGUAUAACAUGUCUUUGACAAAGAUAACCCAGUUCCUCAUUAGAUGUACCAGUGUAGUAUGUAUUGUAUAUUGUGCUGUCAGGAAGUGACCUGGUUGGACAUUACCAGCUAGUUCGUCUAGUCCAGUGUGUAUCUUGUUCAGCCUUAGACUUUUACAGCCACAAUGACCUGUAGUCAUCAAUCUGAAAUAAUAAUCUGUGUUCAAGCAAUCUCCUUAGCAUUAAAUCCUUAACUCUGACAACAAAACAUCUCUUCAUGAACACAUGAGGACAUCUUCAUGUGAGGCCCUGUUGUUAUACUAUUUAUUCAGCCAAUCAGCAUCAAGCAUUUUUAAAUGUUGGCACAAGGGAGGAAAACAUUAAGUGUACCUGAUCUCUGAAUCUCCAAAACUAAUAUAUUCAAGGACUUAAAGACAGCUGAUAAAGUGUCAUCAAAGUGCUGACAUUCGCUGGUGCACAGUUGCUUGCCUUAGGCACCUAUGAUUACUUUAAUCACAGUUUCACCUGGGUAGGUCAUCGUCAUAUCAUCAGGUGGUAAACUUCCAAUAGGUAAGCCGACAAGCCUGAGGGUAACUAGAAUAUUGUUCCAAGUCAAGUUAAACCACAUUACCUCUGAGCGGUCAAAGGUAUAUUUGUGUUCUUCUUGGGUUUUCAAACCGAUUUCAGAAACUGACACCUCCUAAACUAGAUGGCAAGGAAAUCAAAACAAAUAAAGGCUGAAAUCUGAUUCGCUCAGGACUCCACACUCCUUUCUCUAGAUUGGGUGGUCACUUAUGUUUCAUGUGACAAGACCCGGGGGUGUCCUCAGAUCCUGACAAGAGCUGUAUCAGAGUUAGAGGCAGUGUACUAAGGAGAUUGGUUCAUGUUAGUGAUAUGCAUGUAUGAACUGAAAGUUGGCAUAUCUAUUUUUCUAUGACUAAAUGCUUUUCAUAA